AUGUCUCAGACUUACGAUCAACAUCCUCAGGAGGGGAAGGACGACAAGGACGAGAAGACUGAUGCUCCUUCGACCCGAAGUGACAUUGAAGAAGGUCCACGAAGCAUCGAUGAGGCUGAAGCUGGUUCUCCAACAAAAGAGCGUAAAGCUGGCGACGGGAAAUUCGAGAGGGAUAUUCAUGGAAUAUGGUGGAUUCUCGCAAUCUUCUCCAUCCUUUCAUGUGUAUUCUGUUUCGCGACAGACGCAACUCUGGUUGCCGACAUCCAGCCAGAUAUCAUCAGAGACCUAGGCGAGUUCGCAAAAUUUCCGUGGCUCGCAACAGCCUAUGCGCUUCCUGGUGUCGUUCUGGUGCUGGUGCAAUCCAAGCUUCACUCGCUCUUCAAUAUCAAAUGGCUCUACUUGUGGAACUUCCUCAUUUUUGAGCUUGGAAGUGGCAUCGCAGGUGGAGCACCGACCAUGAAUGCUAUGAUUGUCGGUCGAGCAAUUGCCGGAAUUGGAGGAUGUGGAGUAUACAUUGGUUCUUUGACCUUCUUCAGCGUCAUCACCACUGAAAAGGAGAGANCAUUUUACAUCUCCCUCAUCACUCCAGUCUGGGGCGUCGGUACAGUCUUGCGGCCUUUGAUUGGCGGUGGAUUCGCAGAAAGUCCAGUCGGGUGGAGGUGGGGAUUCUAUAUGAAUCUCUUCCUCAUCAUUAUCGUGGUUCCAGUCAUUAUCUGGACACUACCUUCCAUGACAGCAGAGAAGACUCUCACAGCGCGUCAAAAGUGGGCCAAAAUCGACUGGCUCGCACUCACUUUGUUCGCCGGAUGGUGCACAGCAGGCUUCAUGAUCAUCGUCUUUGGAGGCAGCUUGUAUGCCUGGAGCUCGACGUCGAUGAUCAUCCUUUACGCCAUCUUCGGAGCUUUGACGCCUGCACUGUGGCUGUCGCACAAGUAUCAUCCUUUUGUCAAAGUCGAAGAUCGAAUGUACCCAUCCCACAUGCUUCGAAACUGGAAGCUUGGGGUCUUGCAGUAUUCCAUCUUCUCGGCACCUGCGGCGGUCUACAUUGCCAUCUUUUAUGUGCCGCUGUUCUUCCAGUUCGCCAGGGAUGAGUCCCCAGUGGAGGCAGCGACCAAACUCCUUCCGUUUGUGAUAAUGAUCGCAUUCAUCUCCAUGAUGAACGGUUUCCUGAUGUCAAAACUUGGAUACUAUAUGCCCUGGUUGCUUGCCGGAUCUAUCCUGGCCACCAUUGGAGGCGGUCUGAUGUAUACCGUGGACUACUUCACCUCCACAUCUUACAUCUACGGGUACACGAUUAUUCUGGGAUUGGGCGGCGGCUGCUUCCUCCUGACUGCUUUCGGCUGUGUAUCUGCUGUGGUCCCGGAUCCAGAUGAUGUCUUCAAUGCGAUCGGUGUCUUGAGCGUUGCUCAAUGCAUUGGCAUCACAUUGUUCCCGGCCCUCGCUGGAUGUGUCUUUCAGAACACAGGCAUUAGUUUGCUGAGAUCCAUCGUGCCACCGGAUGUCCCCGGCGACCUCAACUCGAUCCUCGCAGGCUCGUACAGCGAUGUCUAUCAAAGCUUCGACACCGCGUUGCAAGAUCAGGUUACGGGAGCGAUUGUCGAAGCUAUGAGCAACUUGUACCUGAUGACCGUCGUAGCGUGCGGCCCACUUGUCCUGUUGGCUCCAUUUUUAGGUUUUGGCCGAGUUGCGGCGGAGUAG